AUGGCGAGACGCGGAGAUCAGGCAGCGUUCUUCUUGACUGCCGAGAUGCUCUACAAGACCAGCCAACUUCCAUCAUUCGCGGCCAUAUAUCACUCUUCGAAGAGGACGACCCUCGAGCGACCUCCACUGUCAUCCUCCGCAUCGAAUUCCGGCGGCUUUUGUACCAGCUCCGUCACCAGCUCCUCCGCAUCGAUCCCUAACAGCUACUCGACCAGCUCUGUUACCAUCUCCUCCGCCCCGUCUAGCAGCCGAUCAAUCACCCUCUCCUCCAUCACCCACCUUCUGCACCGCUGGAAUUCUUGCAUCAUAUUGCCCGGCCGAGGCCUCCGGCAUGUCCUCUGCUUCGGUCGAAAGCUCUCGGUAGGUUGCAUCACGAACCGAAUUGGUCCUGUGCCAAAUAUGUACGUCAAACGCGCUCGCAAAAGUCUUCGCUGUGUAGUAGGCCGUCAGGAGACCCAGGUCGUUUUCAACAGCCUCGUCUUGACGCUUCUCUGCGUUCGACCCGCCUUAGACCUGCCUCGAUUCUCCUCCAACACCUCCCACGGCCAUUCGCUCAUCCAUGGCCUGCUUCAGCUGUUCCCUGGGCUUUCCAAGGGUGAGAUGGUCUUAGACUCUGCGCAUGAUGUUCUAGCACUGUCCCUUCACUUUCCUCGAACUGUUUGGCAAUUUUUAUCUGCCCAUGCACCGCAGAACGGUCGAGUUCACCUUUUGCAAGGUGAGGACCAUCGGAGGCUUUGCAAGACGGGUCAAGGACGGCAGCGAAACACUACUCGUCAUGAUCAGACUCAAGGACUGGACCAGCGGCUUGCAGAUUUGGAGAUGCUGUGUCAAGACCUGCAUUGUCAGCGGUACAGAGAGUCGGUGCCUUCCGACGAAGUGGCCUGCUUUCCGUUUUGCACUGCGUCAAAGACGGAGGCGGAGUGGAAAAGCCUCUGGAAACAUCGCCUCAAGCUGGUUCUCGAUCGAUCCAGAUCGCAGAGUCUUGUUCGAGAGGUCAUGCUCCACGACGAUGCCGAAUCUCGUCGAGGGAGCAGUCUCGCAGGUUCAAGAUGCACAUGGAUCCCUGAGGAGAGAUGUCGGAAGCGAAUCGUCGAUGAGAGCAGCAAGAAUGCUGUGAAGCUCUUCGAGAUUGCCGGCAGCUCAAGAGGUAGGAGACCAGGAUGCCGUGCAGAGUGUAAGAGCAGGUCGUCAAUUCACUUCGACAGACAUGCUAAAGCGAACGAGCAACUUUCGACGAUCAUGCAUUAUCCUCAUGCUCUCGAGAUUCACACAGAAUUCGAAACGACCGCUCGAAAGGUCGACCUUGCCCAGCCAGACCAACACGAAUUGGAAAGUCCAUCAGAAAUCUCCGACAUCAUCAACGCCAUUAGUACCGGCCUCGACAGAGCCAUACCUUUUCGUUCAACGAACCGUUCCGCGCAAAAAGGCAAGGCUCUUGUCGGGGAGUCGGGAAGGGCAUGA